GGAACACUCUAGAGAGAGGAGAGAGGAGAGAGGAGGGAGGGAGAGAGAGAGAGAUGAGUGCAGCAUCGUACCUGGCGAGAAGGGCAGCGCAGAAGGAGAAAGUGAGGAUCCUCUACAGGAGAGCUCUCAAAGACACUCUGAAUUGGGCCGUUCAUCGCCAUCUCUUCUAUCCAGAUGCCGAUGCACUCCGAGAGAAGUUUGAGGCCAACAAACACGUGGAAGAUCUCGAAACUAUUGACAGACUGAUAUCUGCUGGUGAAGCUACCUACAAUAAAUGGCAGCACCCUGAUCCUUACAUCGUUCCAUGGGCUCCUGGUGGGAGCAAAUUUACCCGAAAUCCAACCCCACCUUCUGGUAUUGAGAUAGUAUAUGACUUUGGACGAGAGGAUAAUGACUAAACUUUGAUACUCUCUCAUGGCAGCAAAUAAAGAUUCCAAAGGCAUGCCUGUGGAGAGGAGAUUGUCUCGCAUAUUGUUUGUGUUUUGGAGAACAAUCGUUUGCUUUAAACAUUCUCAAAUGCACAGUUGAUCUGUAUUUGUUUUGCUGCUGAGACUGAUCUAUUCACUCAAAGAACAAGUGUUUACUUGACUGGUUUCAGAAAGCUGGUUGAACUUGAAAUUCAUGCCAUUCUCGUGUGCUACAUUGACCAAGUGUUGAAUUCUGUUGCGGCACAUCCUUCCAUUGAGGGUGCUUUAGUCUAUGGGGAUUAAGGCACCCACCGUCUUUUCCAGUCAUGUCUCUGAAAGUUGUAGGGUCUGAACCCGUAGAGAACACGUUUAAGGGAGGAGUUUAUCGUCUGGUGGCAAAGGGAGGGUGGCUAUCCCUUCUCUGCAGUGCUGUCCGCUGUUAUGUUUGGCAAAAAUGGUGGGACAAGGCAAUUAUUCAUUCAUAAAACCAACGUUCUUAAAACCAAAUAGUCGGGUAAAAAAAAUGUCCUGCUCCCACCAUCCCAAACAUGUGUGAGAGAGAGAGAGAGAGA